AUGGAUUUACCCAGUUUUUUCAAUCAAGAGAAAUAUCGGUAUGAUGCCUUCGUCUCCUACAACACCCACGAUGAGCCCUGGGUCCUGAGGGAGCUGCUGCCAGAGCUGGAGGGGCAGCAGGGCUGGAAGCUGUGUCUGCACCACCGGGACUUCCAGCCAGGCAAACCCAUCAUAGAAAACAUCACAGAUGCCAUCUACGGGAGCCGCAAGACCAUCUGUGUGAUCAGCCAUCACUAUCUGGAGAGUGAGUGGUGCUCCAGAGAGAUACAGGUGGCCAGCUUCCGUCUGUUUGACGAGCAGAAGAAUGUGUUGAUCCUGGUGUUUCUGGAGGAGAUCGCAGACCAGCAGCUCUCUCCCUACCACAGCAUGAGGAGGCUGCUGAAGAGACAGACCUACCUCAGCUGGCUCCGAGCUGGGGAGUACACCGGGGUCUUCUGGCAGAAACUACUAGAAACUCACUUCUUCAUUAGAGAAUUACCCAAGGACCAUUAUUCAUCCAAACGGCUGUGUAACCGCCUAUGA